AUGACUGGAGAGACCCAGCAUGUUUAUGCCAUCGGUGAUACUGAGGGCAGCGCCAAAGGCCAGGAGAAAGACUUUGGCUUUGAGCGCUUCGGCGAGAAGGAUGGGAGGGCGUUCAACGGCAGCUUGCCCGAGGGCUCGGAGCCGGGCUUGCACAGCGGCAGCGAGGGCACGUCCCCCUUCCCCAGCACCAAAGACAAGGAGCCCCAUAGCCAGAGGGAGGCUGUGAUCAGGCCACAGCAAGCCGGGAAGAUUGACUUCAAGUCCCUCCACAACAAGCCCAAGUUUGCCAGCGAUAGCGCCUGGAGCACCCUCAAGGGGAGCCCGCAGUCCCCCACCGGGAAGAGCCGAGCCCGGGAGAAGACCAGGCGGUCGGGGAAAGGAGAGCGGAGCCACCACCAGCUCUACAGGCUCAGCAUCACCAAUGCCCGGUCAAACCCCACCAUCGGCAUCGCCUACCCCCAGCAGAAGGUCACCCCGCCGAAGAAGCCGGAAGUCAGCCAUGGGCCCAUCUCUGGGAGCUACCGGUUCCACGUGCCCAGCAUCCCCGAGAGAGAGGCCGAACUGCAGCAGGAAGACCUCAGCUUCAACCGAUGCUUCCCAGAGGCCCCCGCCAGCCUUACCUCCACCAACUAUACCUCACAGCCAGCAGCCAGCCCGCGCCAGAACCACAGCGUCAAAGGACAGUCCCCCGCAGGCAUUCCCCUCAAGAGCCCCAGCACCAAUGGGCAGCUACAUUAUUUAGAGUUUCAGGCAAACGGGACUAAUUCUUGGCCUUCUCCAGAGAAGAACUUUCCAGGUGCUAACUAUGGGGUCUCGCUGCAGAAGCCAAGCUCUUUUCCCGAGGGCAGCAAACCCAGUGCUCACGGCCUGGGGGCCUUGCCGUUCCAGUACCCUUUUCAGCUGCUGCACGACACGGUGAAGGAGCCCUACCGCAACGAUGCUGGCAGCCAAGAGUAUGUGGAUGUUCCCCUUGCAGCCAGCCAGGUGACACACGGUGCAUUCAGCUUCCAUUCUUCCUCCCGAGAGUGGCAAGAUGAGACGCUGAGCAACGGCUCCUAUGAGAGCGUGUCCCCCGAGGGCCGGCUGUACGGCCUGCCCUCCCAGCCGGCCCCGUUCCUGCCCCCGCAGCCGCCGGCAGUCCCCCACCACGGCCCUCUGCCGUGCUACAAGGGCAGGAGCGAGCAUUCUGCCGAUCCCAAUGGUGCUCUCUCGUCAUCUGGUGCUAUCGACCAAAAUUCAAGCACUUUCCAAGAAAACCAAGCUGUUUUUCCGUCUAGUUUACACUCUCCUAGCAUGCCAAAGCCAGUCAGUAAAAGGCAAGCCUCAUCAAAAGACAAUGUCCCUAGCCCACGGCUACUGAUCCAGAGUAGCUCUCUUAGAAGGAAUAUGCCACCGAACUCUCUCUCCCAAGUGCACUUUCAGAACAAAGUCUUUUGCAGUUCCCCAGCGGGCAGCGUAAGCACAGGAUCUGUGCCUUUUGAGACAAGCAUUCCCACUACACCACCAGCCCACCCCAGGCUUGUGCAAGCUUGGGAGGGUGCCACUAAGGUGUUUUCUCCCAUGGACCAGAACUCUGCACCUUAUUCAAACCCUGUUGGAAACCAGUUCUCAUUUGAGUGCCAGUCUGGCCCUGAGCAGAGGCAGCACCGGCAGAAAAAUGCCAGGAUGCCUUGGCAGCAAAUACACCUCACUUCUGCAAUGCCCAGUCAAAACAGAAUAGAGCUGUCGAGACAAAUCACCAGCCAGAAGCUCCCUUUCCCCCUUGGCACAUCAGAGUGGCAAGGGAGUGUGAAAGCCCAGAAAGGCACCCCGUUAAGUAACUCUCCUGGGUAUCACAGCAAAAAGCUCUUGCCCGGAGAGGGCCUUGGGACCCGGAGGGGUGACCCCAGCCGGCAGACCUGCAGUUUGACGAGUGCUUUCUCUUUUGAAAGUGGAAAGGACCCAGGAUCUCCUGCCUGUGAUUCAAGAAGCAAAGCCCUCUUCUACAGCAUGGGCCAAGCAGGACCUCCUCCUCCUCCCUCCAGGAACUCAUCCAACUCGGCACUGGUCUUGCCGCCAUCAGCCUUGGUGGCUGCCUCGCCAUGCGAGUCCCCACUGCCUUCCCCUGUCCCCAACCCCACCUGCAGCAGCACCUGCUCAUCUCUCUCCCCCAUGUCAAGCAGCCCACUCAACCCCAGCUUUGAAGACAGCCAGAUGUCAGGAGCACUUACCCCUUCUCCCUUCUUCCAUCACCCCUGUCAUCCCAAGGACAGCAACAAAACCUUCCACUCCUCCGAUGUACUGAGUUCAGGCUCACUUCAUUACCACCCAUCAGACUCUGUCAAGUCCUUCCACUUUCCUUCUGAUGCCCUGAAGGAUGACAGUCUCCUCAAAUGCACCCCAGAGAGCCCAUUUCACAAGCCUGGCAUGGAGGUGGCCAAAGGAUGCCUUGACGGUCUCGAAGGGGAGCAGCCUCCUCCACCUUAUUCCUCCCAUCACCUGCUGGCCAACUCGCUCAGCAGUGCCAGCUUGGACCAACUGGAUGUGCUCCUGACCUGUAAGCAGUGUGACCAGAACUACAGUAACCUCUCCUCCUUCCUGGAGCACCGGCAGUUCUGCAGCUCACACGCCGCUUUCCAAGGUGAGGCGAAAGACGCUUCCCGGUCAGCAGAGUGCAGGAAACCGCUCCCUCCGGAGCCCGCAAAGCACUCCCAUGCUGGGCCCAACCUGGCACUUUCUCCUGACCCCCAGGCGCAUCUGCUGGCUCUGAACAAGAACGAUGAUUUCCUGCUCGAGGGGGAAAGCAAGAGUGAUGUCAAGGAAGAUGCUUUGAAAGGCAACCUCUUCAAUGGCCUAACCACAAACUCCUUGCCACUUACUGCAUCUGACUUGGAAAUCGAUGACGCCAAGCUGGACAGUUUGAUCACAGAAGCCCUGAAUGGCCUAGAGUACCAGUCAGAUAAUCCAGAGAUUGACAGCAGCUUUAUAGAUGUGUUUGCUGAUGAGGAGCUUACGUCCGUGAAGGCUGCUGGCAACGGGCUGUCUCACAAGGCAAAGGAAGCCUCCGAGAACAAAUCGAAACACACAGGAACAGAGGAGAAGCCAGUAAACCAGCCAAAAGCCAGCUGUUAUUGUGAGGACAGCCAUCCUACAGGGGAGCAGGCUAAAAGAAGAACAGGAAAGCAUCACAUUCAUAAGGGGAGAGCAGGACGGAGAUUGGCAGGCCACAAGGCUGAGCAACAGGAGAAGCCCCAGGGACCUGACAAGGCAGCCAGGCUGAGGAUAGGGAGAAAGAACAGCAGUAGCAGCAUUCCACCAGCAGCCGUAGCCAAGUCCACCUCAAACCAAAAGCAGCCCAGAAAGGUCAGCCAGGAGACUCACACAAAGAAUGAGGUUGGGCCGGGUGUUGCCACCAAGAGCUCCAAGCCACCCCGGUUCUCCAUGAAGGACAUAAAGAAGCGGAAGCCAAGAAGUGGGACAUGGAGCAAGGAGCUCAUUCACAAAAUUGUGCAGCAGAAGAACAAGUUUCACAAGCUGCACGUGAAGAGCAACAAGCACAUGCAGUUCUCCUUGGUCACCGAGAGACUGAUGCCAGCUGCCAAGGAGGGUAAAUUUCAGGAGUAUGACUACAUUUCAGACUCAGAUGACGAAGGGGCAGAGUGCACCAAACUCCAUGGGAGGAAAAGGCGGGGAGCAGGAUUUAUUGGGAGGUCCAAAUACAGUUUUAGCAAGAAACGCCCCGGAAGAAGUGAAAGAACCAAAGAGAAAGAUCCAGCCUGGAGCUACAGCCAAAGAAGAGAGAGUCAAAAAAGAGAAACUCAGGAGCACAGGAGAGUUCCAAGUAAGGAGGCCACUAAAAAAGAGGAUUGUGCAACCAGAGUCCGAAGACGGAGCAGCCAGUCGUCUACUGGCAGCAAUCACAGCGUUAGCAUGUCCAGCGAAACUGGCCCCAGCCCCCCCUGCACUGAACGGGCUGAUUCAGACAGUGAAAAGGGAAACAUGCAGACGGGAAGGCACUCGGAUAACUCAGAGCACACACCAAGGACUCCACUCAGCCUUCCUGAAGACAAGGCCCCAAGGAAGAGCCAUAAAAGCAAAGGGGACUUUUCAAGAGGAACCAGACAGUUUGGCUCAGCCAAAUUUUUGCUGGCAGGCUCCAGGACGCAUCCAAGUACUAAAUCAGAUGUUCCUCUGACACACUAUACAAAGGAGGAGCACCUACCACAGACCCAGGAGAAGCAGCACCCCAGCACAGACACGUUUGGCAGGAGCCCCAUUAGACUUCCCUCUAAGGAGGAUGCAGAAGAGCCCAAAGGAGAGCUCAAAGGAGCAACAAGCCUUGCAGGUGAGACUGGAAAAACUAAUUUGGAGGCUCGGGAGUCACCUGAGUUGACAGCGGUCAGCCACAGACAUCAGUUUGCCCCUUACACUGACGAUGCUCUGAAGUACCCUGCAGAAGAACUAAUUGCUCCAUCCCAUGUCAGUAACGAAGCUAGUCCUGGCAAUGUGAGUGCUGCCUACUCAGAAGCCAGCAUCAAAUACUUGAAGGAACAUGGGCUCUGUGACAUUCGGAAGGACUAUCCUGCUCCUGUUCCCCCGUACGAGGAGGAUGCUGUUGGGAUGAUGCUUGCUGGCAAAGUGCCCGAUCCGUACGUGAACAGUGACAACACGUUUUUCGAUCAUAAAGGCCUGUCUGGUCACUAUGAGUCUGACCUCUUCUCAAAGCCCCCAGCCUUGGGUUCCUCACACACUGAUGAUAUCUACUUAUGUCAGGAUGACAUUAAUACCGAUUCCUUCGAGCAGAAGCACGCCAAUAUCUCCUCCUAUGCAGCAGAAAAUCCACAGGCCAAAGUUUCCUCCCCUCUCAGCUUUGAUUCCUCUUCAAUAUUUGGAGAACUUCCUGUAACUGAGUUUGAUCCGCCAUUAUAUGAGAGUGUUUCUGCAAGCAAGGAUAGUUAUGUGACAACAUUUGCCUGCCCUGGCAAUCCACCCAGCAAGCCACUGCCGUUUGAGCAGCCAUAUCCACCGUUUAUGCAGGAGAAAGACUGGACCCUCAUGGAGGAGGUGGCUCCGAUGUUGCCAGAAGACAUGACUCAGUUCCACAACCUUUCAGCGGAAAAGCCAUUAGCCAAGAAAUUCCCUGAUGAAGGACCUGUCCCUCCCAACCAACUGUCUCUGCCUCUGACAGACAGGAUAACAGAUUAUAACGUAACUUUUAUGAACAAUAUAUCAGAUGAUGAACUGGAGAUCAAGCGAUUAGUUACAGAACUGGAAAGUCAGCUGCAGACUGGCAAAAUGAAUAAUGAGGCACCUGUCGCUCUACAGAAACCUGAGCAACACGUUGCUGCACAGCUGCAAGAACAGGCGGCCGAGCAAUUUCCACCUCUGCCUGUUGAUCAAGAGGCUGGCCAUGAAAAAGGACUGUUUUUGGCAGGUGACCUUGGGAGUACAAGCCUUCUAGCUACAAAAGCCUGUGUUGGUGAAAGGUUGGGGGGUGAGAAGCCAGGUGUUGCCAAUGUACGUGGCAACUAUGAGAGACCUAGAGAGCCCUGGCCCUGCCCUGUGGAGUUCAGCUCACUGGAAGCAGGGAUGUGCACACCAGCGCCUGAAGACUCACUCUCUGUGGACCAUUUCUGCUCCAAAGAUGCUGAUGAUCAGUUCCAGGGAGCUGAAACUGCCAAGGAAAGUGACUCCAGAAAGAGGGAAAAGGAGUCCUCCUCCCAGGGUCUACCUGACUCGUGUACGCCAGACAAAGCAGAGGCUCCGAUCUACACAGACCAUAUGAUGAAAAACCCUCUUGUUGCCAAUGAUUCCUUGUUCCCUAAGACUCUAGAGGCAGCUGAACCAAACAAAGAAGAUAUUCUGCCAUCCCUGCCACGUAAGCAUGGUGCUGAGAGCUUCCCUGUAGCAGGGAAAACAGAUAAAAGCUUUGAUGAUUCUGCAAAGCUGGAAAAGUUUGAUACACAUCUUCCAACCCUUAAACCUGAAUUUGGCUUUCAGCAGGGUCUGGCCCCAGCUUUAGAUCUCACAUUUUCGCCUCACAUCAAAGAGGUCCCAGAUACAGAGGAAAGACCUUUAAGCAAGUCCGAGUCACCUAGAAUGGCGAAAAGCACAGUGCACUUCAAAGGGGAUAGCAGUGGGUCUGUGUUACUGGAAGAAACAGAGGAGAGCAAGAGCACUGCAGCCUACCAAGCCCCUGGGACCAGUGACAAAGCCAGCAAGCAAAAAGUAUUGUUGCUUGAUAUGCUGAGUCUGCCCAAGGAGAGUGACUGCGGUUCCCAGAAGAGGCUGGCUUCCCAGGAGACUGCUGCAAACCCGCUGCAGCAGCUCCAGCUCUUCGUUGCCCGGACUGUGAAGAACAACGAAGACGAGCUGUUGAUGCCAUGCUUCCCCAUGCUUCUUGCUCCCAGCCACCCACCUCCCAGUGCCAGGGUCCAGCCGGAGCAGAAAGAGGAGAGCAGCGGCAACUUGGAAAGUGAAAAUCAGACAUGCUGCCCUGCCCGAGGGGAGGGGAAUGUCCCCAUUGGGGGCGAGGCAGGGAGCAUAGCUACCCCAGCUAAACAGGCUGCACUCUUUUCAGGUGCAUGCGAGCAGCUGGAAUCAUUCAGUGAAAUGGACUCUUACAGUGCAAAACAAUCCACAUUUGUGAACCUGGAGCUGCAAAAUAAUGUAACAGAGCUGCAGCACUUAGCAAAUGAGCAUGCAGAACAGAAUGACAUUAAUAUCUGUGCAGAUGGUGUUUCCCAAGAGCAUAAUGACCUCUCACCACUUAACAGCACUGUGGUGACCCCAUUGCCAGGGCAGAGAAAGAAAGCUGAUCAGCUUGUGGAAGAGCAGGAGCAAGAUAAAAACAAAGCAACCUUGGCAUUUAAAAAACAUGAGCAAUCUCUUUUAAGCCAUAGUUCACUUGAGAAAGAAACAUUGGGUAGUGCAGCAGCAGAGAGGCUGGAAACAAAUGAGGCUGAAUGUAGAUCCCGGUGUGAGGGAUCUAACCAAGAUGUACAGUCGUUAGGCUCCAUAAAAACCAAACGGAUAGGACGAAACAGUAAUCAAGUAGGGCAUGGGACACAGCCCCCGUGCAGUGCAUCUGUGAGUCCUGCCAGCCCGCUGGAUCCCUCAGAUGAUCUUCACCAGGAUCAUCAUUUGUCGCAGGGCACAAAAGCCUCUAUAGUAAAUGCUAAGGUUCCCGAAGAAGGAAAUAGCAAGAAAAAGUCCCUCAAUGGCUGCCACUACACAAACGAUUCUCUGGCCAGCCUGCCCUUGCAGACAAACUUGUCUCAUCCUAAAUACUUGCAAAGCAAUGGCACUGAAGGAGGAGAGUUCCCCAGCUUCAGCACUCAGUUGUCAGAGGACAAUAAAUACAGUAUAGAAGGCCCCCAGAAACUGCAUGUGAAGGACUGCUCCCUUGCCUGCUUGCCACCUUUCAAUCAACAGGAGGCUGGAAAAGGGGUGCCAGAAAGCCCCUGUGCCAUGCUAUCAGGUCCUCAUUUUAAAGAAAACAAAGCAUGCACCAUCACAGAUACAAUUAUUAAUUCCCAGUCCGUUCCUCCAGAAACCCAAGGUUACCCAAACCAGUCCACAACAGAUCUUCUGCUGAUUAGAGAAGGAGAGGUAAACUUAAAUCAGAAAGAGCUUGAGACCUGUUCUCAAGAUGAAAGUAAACAUCAAAACGAACCAGAGGCUUUGUCCAGUGGUUCUGUAGUUCAGCAGAUACCACCUGCUGCCAACAGCAGUCCUAAAAGGAUUGCAGACCUUGAUCCUGCUAAGGUAAAUGCCCAGCAUUUUUCAGAGGCAGCAGAGGUGAGUUCUGGUGAUCCUUCCAAAGCUACAGAGAAUGGGGGAAAGAAUUUAAAAGAAGAGAAACCAAAAAGCCAUGGAGCUGAGCAUGGCAGAGAAGCUGGGAGUUGUGUGUUAAAUAACGUGGGCCAAGGAGAGGACAACUCAUUUACUAGUCUUCCAAACACUUCCCAAAAUGAACUGUCAAAAGAAAAGCCAAGUGGGCUCCAGGUCACCUGUGAUAUUUGUUCAGCCUCUUUCCGGUCCAAGCCUGGCCUGACCAGGCAUAAAGCUGUCAAGCAUCAGGUAAAGAGUAAUAGUGUAUCACAAGCAAGUAAGACUUCUAGGUCUGAUUUAAUUCCAAUAGACAAAGCAUCAAAAGCAGCCAAAAAAGUCCCUAGGAGGACCCUAAAGACUUCUGUCAAAGAGAAAAUCUGCAGCUCACAAAUGCCAACCACCACUGUUGAGCACGUCCCCAAGAAAAUAUGCACAGGCCUGGAGAAAGAACCCAAUGCACGGAUGCAAGAAGUGGUCAGCAGAGUCCUUAGUGACCUCAGCGUUAUAUCCUUUGAGAUGUCCCAGGAGCUUCAUCGCACGGGCGUUCUGAACAGAGAGAUGAAAUCAAAGUAUCAGCACUCGGAGUCAAGGGGAGUAGGUGAGGCAGUGGCUGAAAAGCUGGAUCCUGGAAAGCAAGCCAGGAAGGGAGAAAAGGGUAGAAGGAACCAAAGCAAAGAUCCUGGAGGAGUAAACAGCAAUUCUGAAAAAAAACUAAACAGGAAAGUGAGACGAAGGAAAGCAAAGGUAUUUCCCAACAGAAAUGAGCCCAAUGGUCCAUCUGAGCUGGAGAAUAAUGUGAAUUCAGGUCCUUCCCCUGCUGUCCCCAGCAGUGUCAGCUCCAAUCUGUCCAACAUGAUCGAGGGCUUGCAUGAACCACGCAGCUGCAUCUCAGCAGCGGAAGAAAAUCAGCCCAACUCAGCCCAACACUCUCAAAAAGCAGAACAGUGCCCUUGUGCUGUUGAGCACUCACAGGACCCGGGCAAUAGGAUGGAGUCUUCAAAGGAAAUGGUUGGGAAGGAGUCAAUAAAGGGCACAGUUGCCUGUCCUACAGAGGUGGAAGAUCCAAGUCGAGUGGAAAACACAGAGUCUUGCAAGAAAUGCGUUGGUAGGUUUGCAAAGCAAGUGGAAAAGGGAUUGGGCAAGGUAGGCAAAGAGUGGCAUCUUCAUGGUGAUGGCACAGAUGAAAUGAAUAUUGAGACGAAAGACAGUUCUGUGGGAAACAGCCGUGCUGGAUAUCAGAGCAGUGCCCCGCAAGGUCCCACAGGUUCUGUUGAGCAGGACCUGCCACUGGAAAACCAUGAUUUGGAAACCACCCCAAAGGCUCCUGUGCAAAGCACACCGCAAAACACUUCUGAUGCCAGCUCUCCCUUUGGAGAGCCUAAGCGCUGGGUGAAGGGAGACUUGCCGCAGAGCGAAGAGCACUGUGUGGACAGUGCAGCUGUCUCAGACCUCCAGAGCUUGUUUGAUGAUGACUCCACGUUCUCCCAGCUGUUUCCACGGGAUGACCAGUUCAUCCGGAGGAAGUGUACACGGGUGUAUGGGAAGCGCACCAAGAAACCCAAGCCUGUCACAGAGGUAAACAUCCGGCCAGCGGGUGCCAUCGACCUCUUUACUAUCCGAUUAGCUUCUGACCUCAGUGAAACCAGCUCUUUCUGUGUCACCAGGGAGGAUCCUUGUGAAUAUGAAACCAUUUCUAUCGACGAUGCCUUAAUGCUAAACAUGUGUCACAGUAGUAAGGCGAAGAGUGGAGAUGCUGUUCCCGGUGGAUCUAAAAAUACUGCGCUGAGGUCAGACUGUGAGAAGAGCAACCAAGAGAAGGAGGCCAUUGACCUAGAAGAUAACAACGUGCUAACCUUCCUGUGCCAAAACAGCCAAGUGGAAAAUGUCCCCAGCUUGAACCCUUGGGGCUGUCUGGAGAAGGAGGGAGAAAGCGUCUCUGCCGAGGAAAUGUUUGAGCCUCUGAUGAGCCUUGAGAAUGAACAUUCGCUAGGAGAAACGAGCUCAGAACCUCCCGACCUGGCAGAGGAGCCCUAUGAUGGCAAGGUUAACGAAGAUUCAGACUCUCCUAAAUUUCACACAAUUGACAUUGAGAUGCUGAAUGCAAAGCUAAAAAUGAGAGACGUGUGUUUCUUUGGCCCUUGCGAAGAUCUUCCUGGCCGUACUGAUGAAAAUACUGUGAGUUUCAAGCAGAAACCAGGCCAGCAUGGCAAACAUAGCAGAAAUAGGCUAGAAGACGGGAAGCUGGGGAAAAACCGCACUGACGUAAACAUCAAGACCAAAGACAAGCAAUAUAAAUGCAAAGUGUGCUUCCAGUGGUUCCUGACGUUAGGGGAACUGGACUUCCACAAGCUCACCCAUAACCCUUCCCCUCCUCCUACCUGUUACAUGUGUGUCCAGCGCAAAUUCAGCUCUCGGGAGCAGCUAAGGGACCAUCUGAAAGAGAAGCAUGCCAAAAACAAGGCUGGCCUGUGGGCUUGCGGGAUGUGCCUGAAGGAGAUUUCUGAUGUCUGGAUGUACAAUGAGCACCUCCGAGAACAUGCCACACAGUUUGCUCGGAAAGGACAAGCACAGAAGUCCGUGAUGGGCCUGCCUGCCUGCUUUGGUGAGGACAGCGCCGCUGUCACCCACUUCCUCAACACCAUCAUGUAUCGGAGACCCAGCAAGUCCUCCAGGCAGGCUGACUCCAGCAACCAGCAUCUGUUUAGCCGAGAGAACAAGAGCCCGAAAGAGCUGCUCCUUGAGCAAGAGGCCAUGGCGAUGAAAGACCCCUUAGAAAGCAACAUCAAAGUCAAGCCAUCUGCACCCAGCUCUUCCAAAGCAUGCGCCAGUCCAUCUCCAGACCAUAUGGCAAAAAGUGAAAGCUCCCCCAAAACUGUCCCCAUGCACCCAGACUGUAAGGAUCCUUCCAGAGACUGUCAUCACUGUGGGAAACAGUUUCCCAAACCCUUUAAGCUCCAGCGGCACUUAGUAGUGCACAGUUUACAGAAGAUCUACUUGUGCCACAAGUGUCCGAUGUUCUACCAGGAGACCAAAGAGCUUCGAAACCACCUCAGCCAGGAGCAUGGGAUACUGGAGGAGCAAGAGAUCAAGCACACCACACUGUAUGCAUGCGAGCUCUGUGCAGACGUCAUGCAUGUUAUCAAGAAGUCCUUCAUAUGCAGCAUGUGCAACUACACGUUUUCCAAGAAAGAGCAGUAUGACCGGCACAUGGAGAAGCACCUUGCAGGAAGCAACAAGACCUUCAAAUUCAGAGGGGUCAUGAGGCCUGGCAUCCCCUCCAGAGAGGGCAGGGAGAAAGCUAAAGAUGAAGGCUCCCUCCAAGAGGGCAUGCCACCGAACAAGAAAAGGAAGGUUGUUCACCAUGGCAGCUCACUCCCACGUAGCUCACCUGUGCACCUGGACCACGCUAGUGACCUGCAGCUGAUACAGGUUGCAAGUCCUGGCCUGCAGGUUCCUAGUGAGUCUUUCCCUAUAGCAGCUAGUGAGCCGGGAGCACCUCUACCCCAAACCUCUCUGAAAACAGAAGAGCUCGUGGGCGACUUCUCUGAUCUCCUUGCAGAAAUGGAGAAAUCUCAGUUUGAUACCCUGCCUCCACCACCAUGCCUCUCCCCAUCUUUGCCAGCAGCUGCUGCAACCAAUACAGAGCUCAGCCAUAUCACUACUCUAUCCAUUGAGCAACUGGAGAAAGGAGCUUUUGAUGGGAAACCACUUCCUUUCUUGGACUCACCCGAGUUUACUAUUGACCUUGCUGGAUUAGCCUGUAACGAGGUAGCAGAUGAAAAACUGUCUUCUCCACACCUUACUGAGAAACGUGGCAAUGCCAACACCCAUAAAAGAAUAAACUUAGGCAACAAAGAUGAAUAUAUAGCAGGUGUCCUGGAAAAUCCUGACAUAGCCACCAACUCUGUGAAUGAGGUCCCAUUUCUCCAAAUCUCCAAGAAGGUCCCGGAGCUUCCUUCACCGAGAGCAGAGGCUCUUCAGGCCAGAGAGACCAACAGAACACUGUGGAGCAACCCCAGUGUAAAUGAUGCGCCUUCUUGGGAAGGAGCAUCUAAGGCCAGUUCUUCCGAGGCUGCCCAGCACCCCUUGCCCCUGAAGGACAAGACAACGUCGCCUGUGCUGAACAAGGCUGCCAAAGAGUCAGCCCCACAGAAGAAAACUGCAGGUAGCCAGGCCAGCAGCGACGCUUCUUCCAACGCAGCCAGCCCUGGAAGGAGCGCCGAGGAGGGUCCAAAACCCGGCUCGCUGAAGGAAAAAGCUGUGUCCGAGACAGGUGCCUGUGCCAAGGAGAGCAACGCUAACACCAGCAGCAAGGAGCAAAGUGCCAACCAAGGCAAAUCCACCAGCCACCAACUCAAAGGUGAGGCAGCCAGCAACGGCGUGAGACACGGGCACGUGGAGCUGAGCAAAGCCACGGAGAAGCCGGCUCUGAGUGUGCUGGGCAAGCUUCACCCAAAGAAGCGAAGAGAGCACAAGUCCUUGAGUCACAGAGGGAGCUCCGGCUCCCGGGAGAACAUUGAGGGAGAUGGGAAAAAGAAAAAAGCCCGGACGGCAGGUCCAGGCAGGAGUGAGAGCACUGGCGAGUUUAAACGCGCCGACUGGACCAACGCCGAAGCUUCUGCCCUCUCCCCCGGGAGGAGGGAAACGCACUGCAACAGACUGAUUCCCAAACCCAGAAUGGCAGGAGUUGGCAACCAGCUGAAGAAGAUGGUCCUGGACACCUACAACCAGAAGAAGGUGGAGAUCCGUCAUGCCAACGGGGAUGUGAAGCGCAAAAAGGCCAUUCUGGGGAAGAGCCUCCACCAGGUGCUGGCCAAGGGGCCGGUCUCCUCCCUGCGCGGCUCCUUGCACAGGCCGCGAGCCGCGCGGGGCGCGAAGCCCGCCGAGCCGGCCAGCUUCCGCACCGCCGAGUCCCAGAACAAUCUGCUAAGCCAACUCUUCGGGCAAAAAUUAACUAGCUUUAAAAUUCCUUUAAGAAGAGAUACUUCAGAGUAAUUUAUGAAAGUGACUUAUGGUGAUCCUCAGCUGCUUUCAUGGGGUUUGCAAGGGAAAAAUUAUCAAAGCGUUAAAUUCGUUUGUGUAGCAUGAUUUUUCUGUCUAGCUUAAAUGAACUUGCACUGCAGCCUCUGUGAAAUAGUUUGCUUUGUGUCUACUAAUCUACUUUAAUUCACCUGAUUUAUCAUGCAAAUGCUAGAACUUUGAUGUUGCUGAUGAUUUUCAUGAACUGAAAUUGUAAUCGCUUUGGGCAGACUGAAUCGUCAAGAGCAAUUGCUUUAUUGCAGAAGUGCUGAGGUUAUAAGGAUACUUGCAAAUCUCAGACCCUUUUGAGACUGUGUCUGUGUUAUCUUUGUACAAAGUACUUGAAGAGAUGAACUUCAUUCCGUAGACGUCUUAUUCAUAAGGUGCAGUACACUGUAGAAAGCAAAUUUUUUUUGAAGAUUUUGCACAAAUAAUCCCGUACAAUUCAUUUAAUUGGGAGCCAGCCUAAGAGAUGAUACAAUUAAAAAAAUUAAAUUAAGAAUCGAGCGUCCCAUAUUUUGACAGCCAUCCCUAAGAAUUUGUUUCUACAUUGUCAAGCGAAUAAUGAGCUAGCUUUCACGCUGCGUGGGCUGUUAUAGCAUUUCCGACGUUGCUGCCAUUCUUUGACCACUGUAGAUGAUGUAAAUGGAGGAAAGCCAAGAACGCGAGCAAACUGCACCUUGACACUUGUGACAAACUCUUUUUGUAGGUUUUUUUUGUUUGUUUUGUUUUUGUUUUGUUUUGUUUGGGGUUUUUUUGCGCAAUGACAAAACUGUGCCAAUUUACCACACCGGAAUGGUACUGUCCGAGUGCCCUCAACGGUAUAACUUCUAAACUAUCUUACUGUAUUGAGUUAGUGGCUAUAUAGGUAUCCGCUUUUACUAUGCAGUUACUGGUGCUAUUUUUAUUUUGUAAUGUGAAUACAGACUUCCUUGAUUGAAAAAAUAAAGGGAACCGUUAGGAAGUAGCAGUUACCUGUAAAAGAAAACAAAGCAGGAAAAUCAAACUUUAAGGAAAAUCCUGUAUGCUGGUACUCCAUAGUGUUGGAAAGGUUACGUCACGUUAUACAAGCAUGUUAUACAACUGAACUUUUGAACCGGAAAGAAAUCUCAGGUGCAAACGAGGACAUGGAAGAUAACUAAAUACUAUUGAAAUACUCCCAAGUCAAGGAGGUGAAGUAAUGCACUGAUGUGAUAUGAACAGUCAGAGUACUUUGCGUCUGUCCUGCAAAUUUUUUUUUUUGUUUUAGAUUUAAAAGGAAAAAAAAGAGGCUUUAUUCUGUUAAUAUGUAUCUUUACAAUUCUUUGUAUUGUAUAAAAAUAUUGUAGGUAAUUUACCUUGGGUGCAAUGUGUUAUGUCAAAAGUUUUUAUUUUGAUAUUUUGUCAGAGAAGCAGAGAGAGAGCAGGAAACGCCUUUUUAUGAUGUUGUAUGUGUGCUUUUAAAGUGCCUCUUUAAUAUUGUUAAAUAAAGUAUGAGAUGAAAAUAUGGGGCGGUACUGUAAAAUCA